ACGGUACGCAUAAUAUGGACUUUGCUCGCAGACAUGAUGCGACUAAUACACGAGAGUCAUCUGCGUGCAAAGUUUUAACAUUGAACAAUUUAUAUACAUAUAGUUAUGUGUAAACAUAUUUCAUAUAAGUAAAGCAUGAAUUUUCAAAAAGUGUCUACUACCUAUAGGGAAAAGUGAAUAUUUUUACUGUUAAAACAAAAAAAAUAAUUUUUUUAAUUAAUUCCUGGAAUGUGUUUUGUUUUUUGUUCAAAAAUUAUUGUGUUUUUAAUAAUAAAAUAAGCCGGUUUUGUUUUUAAUUGUAUAGACACGUACAAUAUUAUAAAAUACAGAUAUAAAAAUUUUUCAAUAUAAUGUGUUGCAAAAUUGUAAAUACGAGUAACAUGGACGGAAACGAAGGCGGAUGUCAAGUAAUAAAAAAAUAUUUAAUAAAAUUUUUACGAUGCAUUGUUGUACAAAUUCAUUGUUUAUUCGAUUGUACUGUUGAUUUUUGCUUUGAAUUAUAUUACAAUAAAAAUAAACAAAAUAGAGUGCCACCUAUAAAAGAUGAAUUAUUACUCGAAAGUGGAAUUUCACUUGCACAAAAAAUAAGAAAUGGAGAAGUAACAUCGGAAAAAGUAGUGAGGGCAUUUAUUGAAAGAUGCAGAGAGGUAAAUCCAAUAAUUAAUGCAGUUGUUAAUCAACGUUAUAGUGAUGCAAUUGUUGAGGCAAAAAAAGUGGAUGAAUUUUUAAAAGAUGAAAAUAUUAAUCGAGAAAUUCUAAAGGAGAAAAAACCAUUUUUUGGGGUACCCUUUACAACGAAGGAGGGCAACACAGUUGCUGGAAUGAGACAUUCAAUGGGCAUUUUGUCGAGAAAAGAUCACUUUGCACUGACGGACGCAGAUAUUGUCGCCAAUGUAAAAGAAGCCGGUGGAAUAUUAAUUGCAACGACAAAUAUUCCGGAAAUGUGUUCGUGGAUCGAAUCGAGAAAUAAAGUCUAUGGACAGACGAAUAAUCCUUAUAAUACAACGAGGACCGCCGGCGGAAGUGGAGGGGGUGACGGGGCACUUUUAGGUGCAUGUGGUACCCCAAUUGCAAUUGGUACCGAUCUCGCUGGUUCCAUUCGAAUUCCGGCAUUUUCAAGUGGAGUUUUUGGUCACAAACCGAGUGGAGGUACAACUUCGAUAAAAGGUGUGAAUACGAUAAAAGAAGAUUACGAAGAUACAUUGAUUGAAGCUGGUCCAAUGUGUAAGAGAGCAGAGGAUCUUUUACCACUUCUCAAAGUAAUUUCAGGAAAAAAAUUAUCUAACUUAAAAAAUAUCGAUUUGCCCGUUGAUGUGAAAAAUUUAAAUAUUUUCUAUCAAUUGUCCUCUGGUGAUUUGAUAACAAGCAAAGUAUCAAAGACAAUAGAUUCGUGUUUAAUGAAGGCUGUUAAUCAUCUCAAAACAGUCACAGGUUCCGCCAAUGAGAUUAAAAUGCCAGGCUCUGAAAACAGUUACGAAAUUUUUAGAUACUGGAAAACAAGAGAUCUGAAGGAAUUUGGCUACGAUCUGACAAAUAGACAAGGUCGCGCUAAUGUUUGGACCGAACUAUGGUACAUUUUAACUGGUCGUGGAAGAGUGACAUUGGGCAGCAUUAUUGUACUCCUCGACAUGUACGUAAUGCCUCAGGAAAAUGAAGAGAACGCAAAACAAUUGACGACAACUCUGCAAAAUUAUCUCACGGAAAAACUUGGUGACAAUGGUGUAUUGUUGUAUCCGACAUUACCAACUGCAGUUAUGCAUCAUAAUGUCUCAUUUCUUCGACUUUAUAAUUUCAUCUAUUUGGGAGUGUUUAAUGCACUCAAACUUCCGGCAUGUCACGUACCACUUGGACUCGAUAAAAAUGGAUUACCAAUUGGCAUACAGGUUAUAGCUGGACCGAAAAACGACCACCUCUGCAUGGCAGUUGCAAAGGAGUUAGAAUCAACUUUUGGAGGAUACGUUCCACCUUCUUAGACAUUUAUAUAUUCAUCCUAUUAUUUUGGUUUUUA